UGCAGACGCGGGGUGGCUACGGGAAUGUUACGAGGUUGCACAUUAAUUAAAAAAAUUACAUUCGUCUAUAUUCCUUAAGCUCAGCUGAGCGACCGAGCUGCCAUGGAAUGGUCUACUUAUUCCUCCUCCAUAUUAUUGUUGCUUCAAGUAAUUAUUGUGUUUUCCAAAGCUUCAGAUGAUUCCAGUAGGUCUGCAGUGGGAGACCCGGGAAUGAGAAGAGACGGGCUGAGAGUGGGGUUGGAAUCUUGGAACUUCUGCAAUGAAGUUGGGGUGCAAGAAGCUCCCCCCGGCUCCCAAAUGGGGAGCCCCAGAGCUGCAGAUUGCUUUGACCUCUCCUCACACAAUACUACAAAAAUAAAUCACCUGGUCUCGGAGGCCGACAACCGGCUUGGAGUUGGGAAGCCAUUUCCCGGGCUGAGUCCCGGGUCCUUGAAUAAUCCGGACCUUUAUGCCGCUGAGAAGGAGCUUUAUCUGGGUUCAUUAUGCCAAGUCCCGGAUUCACCAAGGCCGUGGCAGUUUUGGAUGAUUAUGCUCAAGAAUGGAAACUACGACACAAGAUCCGGUUUUUGCCCUCAGAACGGGAAAAAAGUGGCGCCUUUUGCCCCGGGCAGGUUUCCUUGUUUUGGCAAGGGGUGUAUGAACCACCCCCUAUUGUAUCACACGCCUACUAGCUUAAGCGGCGACGGCGAAACCAUGAGAGGAGGCUUCAAUGGCACCUAUGAUUUGAGCGGAGGAGAAGGAGACAGCCUUUCCUACUUUGAGGUGGUGUGGGAGAAAAAAGUAGGAGAGGGAAGCUGGGUUUUCACCCACAAACUCAAGACCUCAAAAUUGUACCCUUGGCUAAUGCUCUACUUGAGAGCAGAUGCAACCAAAGGCUUCUCCGGAGGCUACCACUAUGACACUAGAGGAAUGCUCAAGACCCUUCCCGAGUCUCCCAACUUCAAGGUGAGACUGAGUUUGGAUGUAAAGAAGGGGGGAGGAGCUAAGAGCCAGUUUUACUUGAUUGAUAUUGGUAGCUGUUGGAAGAACAAUGGUGAUCCCUGUGAUGGAGAUGUGCUUACGGAUAUCACCAGAUACAGUGAGAUGAUUAUCAAUCCAGCAACUCCUGCUUGGUGUACCCCAAAUCAUGUUGAAAAUUGCCCACCCUACCACAUCACCCCCAAUGAUACCAAAAUCUACAGAAAUGAUACAGCUCACUUUCCUUACUCCGCUUAUCACUAUUAUUGUGCCCCGGGGAACGCCCAACACCUCGAAAAACCAUACAGCAUCUGCGAUCCUUACAGCAAUCCUCAGGCACAGGAACUGGUUCAGCUGUUGCCUCACCCUAUAUGGGAAGAAUAUGGCUACCCGACCAAACAAGGACAUGGGUGGGUUGGGGAUGGAAGAACUUGGGAGCUUGAUGUCGGUGGGCUUUCAAGCAGGCUUUACUUCUAUCAGGAUCCAGGUACCCCUCCUGCAAGAAGAAUAUGGACAUCGCUUGAUGUCGGAACUGAAAUUUUUGUUAGUGACAAAGAUGAAGUGGCAGAAUGGACUCUGAGCGACUUUGAUGUUAUACUUACAUCUACUCAAAAUCCAUAAUGUGUUUUUCUUGUCUUGUCAAUUUCCCCUACCCCCUAAAACCUUAAAACCACCCCAAAGGGGUGGUGGUGGUUACUGAUACUGAGCAAGCAGCAAAUGAUUUGAUUUUUACUGAUCUAUUACACUACUUUUUUAUUACUUUGAAUCA